UUAGACAAGAUCUAGUGAAUUAGCCCAACCCCACCCCAACCUCAAACCCACAAUCUACACUUUCACAUAUAGAUACACACAUAUAUGUAUCAAUCUCUAGCCACCUUAAUUCUUCCCAUGUUUCUUUAUAAAUCCUAGGUUUCUUACUUUCUUUUACUUCCCACCACUUCUUUUUAAUUACCUACUCCUAUAAACAAAAAAAUCAUAUAAAAUUAUACAAAUAUAUCUACUAAUUUCCGAUCAACUUCUUUUUGACCGGAAAAAAUGUGGGAUCUAAACGGGUCACCCGAUCCAAUAACCCACCCACAAGAAUCCGACGACUGCUCUUCCCACAUAGACCAAAUCAAAACUAAAGGUAAAGGACUCCGAUCCGGAUCCGGAUCCAAUUCCAGCUCCGACUCCGACGAUGAUUAUUCAAGAAAACGGAGCAGCAGAUUAUUCGGGUUCUCGAUGACUGAUCAGCCGGUGACCCAUCAGUUUUUUCCGGUGGAUGAUCCUGAUCAACCGGGUCCCACCACCUCACUUGCGGUUAAUACGACGCCGUUCACGGCUUCUUUCCCUCCGGCUCACUGGGCCGCUGGUGUUCAGCAGUCGCCGGCCGGUGGCUUUAUCGGGAAAGGUGCACUGCCGGAGGUGGUUCCCCAGCCGUUAAAAAAAAGCCGGCGUGGACCCCGGUCUAGAAGCUCACAGUAUCGUGGAGUUACUUUUUACCGACGAACUGGCCGUUGGGAAUCACAUAUAUGGGAUUGUGGGAAACAGGUGUAUCUCGGUGGGUUUGACACUGCACAUGCAGCUGCACGUGCAUACGAUAGGGCAGCAAUCAAGUUCCGGGGAUUGGAGGCUGACAUAAAUUUCGGCUUACAAGAUUAUGAAGAUGAUCUGAAACAGAUGAACAAUCUGACCAAGGAGGAAUUUGUGCAUGUACUAAGGAGACAAAGUACUGGGUUUCCAAGAGGGAGUUCAAAAUAUAGAGGAGUUACUUUGCACAAAUGUGGUAGAUGGGAGGCAAGGAUGGGCCAAUUUUUAGGCAAAAAGUAUGUGUACCUGGGUCUCUUUGAUACUGAAGUUGAAGCUGCCAGGGCGUAUGAUAAGGCUGCCAUCAAGUACAAUGGAAAGGAUGCUGUCACAAAUUUUGAUCCAACUGUUUAUGAAAAUGAGUCCAAUGUCACUGAGUGUUCUAAUGAUAAUGAUCAUAGUAAGGACACUUCUUCGGAUCACAAUCUUGAUUUGAGCUUAGGUCAGAAUUUGGCCCCGAGUAGUCAACAUAAUCAAGAUCUUGGUUUUAGACCUAUGGCAUUUGGCACGAGUCGGAGGGAAAGGUAUAAUGAGACAGAGACAUUGCAGCUUCUAAGUCAGACGCAUCUUCAAUCCGUUGGAUCAUCUGAAAUAAACUAUGAACCGCGUGGAUACGAUCAUCAAACAAGAACUGUUGACCCGCGUAUGUUUCAUAUGCCACGAACACCAUUUCUCAGUUCUUCCAAUCACCAAACUCAGCGAUCGAGCAGCACAAUGAUUGCAGGCGGACACGAGUGGAACAACAAUGUACAUAUGUAUGCAAACAGUGCUGCAGCAUCAUCAGGAUUCCCACAACAUAGAUUUAACAUGAGACAACCAGCAGCCCCACCACAUGCUCAAACAACAUGGUUGAACAACAGUGGCUACAGUUUCUGAUAUUAGAGAUCAAUGUUUUGUGUUAAUUAACUUCUGUUUUCUAGGGUUCUAGAUCUUAGAGAAUGUAACCAAAGGACGAAUGAUUUUGUUUCAAUUUUGGAUUUGGGUGCUCAAUAUCCAAAAGAAAAAUCAGAUAAAUUCGAUUGUGUAUUGUUUUUUAAGUUGUAAAUUGUUAUAUUCUGUUUUUAUUGUUUUUUAA